AUGGAAGUUCAGGGAGCAAAUCCCAAUCUGGGAAUGCGAAGGAAUGGGAUGAUGAAGCUGGAAGAGUACCUCGACUUCAUUGAUAGUCACAAUCCUCGCUCUCUCACCAUCAACUAUCUCAAUCAGAUCAUACGCAUGCAUGGAUUCAAGAAGAUUCACCAGGUUCAAAAGUCGGUCGUGGUCGAUGCAGUGAAGACAAUCGACCUGAUGGAUCCAUCUCGGUCCACACUUCAAUACGACGACGUUUCGUCGCACGCAUUCCUCACUCUGGAAGAGGCAAAGGAGGACCUUGCAACUCUCAACUGGCAAGAAUGCUGUGUGACAUCACUCGAAACAAUUAAUUCCGUCCACUACUACGACCGGUCCUUGAACUUGAACCACCUCCACGGUGCCGAUGCUUCUGCGGCAUCGAAGAAUUCCAAGGCAAAGCCAAAGAAACGGAAAAGAGCGCGAAAAUCAGAAAGAAGUGUUGCUGAUACUGGUUUUGGUGGUGGGUUUGGAGCUUCUGACCUGGGUUCUUGUUCCUCUUCGGUGAUUGGUGCUGCUGCUGCUACUGCCACUGCCGGCGCUUUUGGUGGUUCAGGAGGUGGUUAGUUUUAACUCGGCUUUCUUUAGUUUUCUUUCGAAGGGAUCGUAUUGCAUUCUCAAGAAGAGUAGAUGGGUGGGAGAAUUGGG